AUGUGGAGCGUGGUGUAUCACUCGCAGCAGGAGGAGGCAGGGGUACGACAGUAUGACACUAGGGAACACGUACCAUGUGGAGCGUGGUGUAUCACUUGCAGCAGGAGGAGGCAGGGGUACGACAGUAUGACACUAGGGAACACGUACCAUGUGGAGCGUGGUGUAUCACUCGCAGCAGGAGGAGGGGGGGUACGACAGUAUGACACUAGAGAGCACGUACCAUGUGGAGCGUGGUGUAUCACUCGCAGCAGGAGGAGGCAGGGGUACGACAGUAUGACACUAGGGAACACGUACCAUGUGGAGCGUGGUGUAUCACUUGCAGCAGGAGGAGGCAGGGGUACGACAGUAUGA